CUUCCUGCAGUUAUCCCCUGUGUCGUAUCUCAGUGGAGUGGCUGGAGCGGCUGCGCAGAGCCUUGCAAGACGACGUAUCGUGUUCGGAGGAGGCACGUCACCCAGGAGCCCCGGAACGGAGGAGAGGCUUGCCCGCCUCUGGAGGAGAGAGCCGGCUGCGUGGAGUACUGGACUCGGCAAGGAGCAGAGUGCAAACAGUCCCUGAUCCCAGCAUUAAUUACAACAGGAGGGUUUGGAAAAGCAAGGAAGAAAAGAGCUGCAGCUGACGGCAAUGAAAGAGCGGGGUACUGUGUUGAGUUCCAGCUUGUGGCCAUCACGCCGGGCUGCUUGCAGAGCCACCACUCCUACACUCACUGGAUGCAGUAUCUCAGGGAGGGCCACACUGUCUGCGUGGAGUGUCAGCACCCAGCCUUAGACUCCAGAAGCCUACAUUGUUCUGGGGAUGGCAGCGGAAGCAAAAAGAAUCAGCUGCUGCACUGGCAGGCGGUAGGGAACCCUCGAUGCAAGGGAACCUGGAAGAGAAUUCGUCAGCUGGACACUUGCUCCUGUCCUUCUGUUCACAGCUUCUUGUUCAUCUAACUUCUGACAGUCCCAGCAAGGGAGUGCUGUGUGGCUUGUCUGGCAGCAACGUACGUGAGCAUUAGGAACCACAACCGAAAUGGUGGUUUCU